AUGCAACAAGCGGAAGAAAAACUACGACGAAAACAAGAUCAAUUCAAUCAAAAUGCGGCUACUAUCAUCAAUGAAUUAAGUAAAAAUCAACCGUUGGAAUCGUCCUCUGAAGAAGAAGACUUGGACGAUACCACCAUUAUUCAUCAAUUAUUUGUACGCUAUGGCGAUCAUCAGCAAGAAAUGGACAAAAUGAUCCAAUAUUUUCAAAGUUGUUGCCGUAGUGGCAGUAUGACUUGCUUGAUUUGCAUCGGUGGUGUUCGCCAUCAAGACGCCAUUUGGACAUGUCGAUUAUGCCAAUGCAUCUUUCAUUUGGCAUGCAUUGCUAAAUGGUCCAAAGAAGGUUCCGUCCAUGUCAAGCCACAAUUGUCAGCACUCUUAUUUCCACAACAAGAGACAAAAUGGUUAUGCCCCAACUGUCGUGGCGAAUAUACAGCCAAGGAUUAUCCAACCAAAUAUUAUUGUUAUUGCGGUAAAACUAUUGAUCCUAAAUUCAAUCCCUGGCUCGUACCUCACUCUUGUGGUAACCUAUGCGAGCGUCUUCUACAGCCUGAAUGCGGUCAUCGAUGCCAAUUACUCUGCCAUCCUGGCCCUUGUCCUCCAUGCCCACAAAUGGUAAAGUCUACAUGUUACUGUGGUCAAGGGGGAACAACAAUUCGAAGAUGUGGACGUCAAGAAUGGAGCUGCGGUCGGCCGUGCAAUAAAAUGUUAACAUGUAAUAAGCAUAAAUGCGCUCGAUUCUGUCAUUCAGGCGAGUGUCUGAAAUGUGAUGAAGUAGUGGAAAGAUCAUGUCGUUGUGGUAAAGAAGUUGCACAUAGACCUUGUGAUGAAACCGAUUGGCAGUGUGAUAAGAUUUGUAAUAAGGUUCUUUCUUGCGGAUUCCAUCGUUGUGAACGAAUAUGCCACGAUAAUGCAUGCGGCAAUUGUCCACGUUCAGGAGAGCGGAGUUGUCCUUGUGGCAAAUCAAAAUUUAAUCUGCCGUGCACAGACGAUGUUCCAUCAUGUGGUGAUACCUGUGGUAAAAUCUUAGCAUGUGGUAAACAUAAAUGUACUGACAGAUGCCAUCAUGGAGAUUGCUAUAAAUGUCGACAAAUGGUCACUAAAAUGUGCAGAUGUGGAAAACAUCAGAAAAGCCUACAAUGUCGUUUAGAUUUUACAUGUGAAUCAAGAUGCCAAAUCCUAAGAGAUUGCGGCAGGCACCAAUGUAAUAAAAGGUGUUGUACUGGUAAUUGCCCUCCUUGUGAACAGACUUGUGGCCGAACCUUGGGUUGUGGUAACCAUAAAUGUCAGACCAGAUGUCACAGUGGACGGUGCUAUCCAUGUCCGCAGACUGUCGAUGUUAAAUGUUAUUGUCAAGCAACUGCCGUCACUGUUCCUUGCGGGCGCGAAAAAUACAUCGAUCCCCCGAAAUGCAAAGAACUGUGCCGUAUUCCACCAAAAUGUCAUCAUGAAAAGCGCGAACCGCACUUAUGCCAUUACGGAGAAUGUCCUCCAUGUCGACAAAUAUGUAACUUAAUAUUAAAAGACUGUGAACACUAUUGCCCUGAAAUUUGCCAUACCGCUGUUGCCAUAGUGCAGAAAAUGACAGCGUUACAGAUUACACGCCUAAAAAAAGGCGAAAAGCCAGUAACUCAAUACAAAAGUAAGCCUUGCCUUCCUUGUGUUGUGCCAAUAGAUCGGAAAUGCUUAGGAGAACAUGAGAUCCAAUCGUUUCCAUGCCAUCAGCUCAGACCAUAUUCGUGCGGUCGGCUAUGCGGGCGAAGCCUACAAUGCACGAAUCAUACGUGUAGCUUAGAGUGUCAUAUAGUCACUAAUGCUCAAGAUGAGUACAGUUCUGGAUCAGAGUGCUUACAAUGUGAAGAAGCCUGCCUCAAACCAAGACCAGAUGGUUGUGACCAUGAGUGUCCAUUACCUUGUCACCCCGGUGAAUGCCCAACUUGUACACUAUUAGUUAAAAGAUGGUGUUUCUGCCGUUUAGUUCUUUUACAUAUCGAAUGCAAUGAACUAACCACAGCUGAUGAUGAAAAAAAAUUGAUACUAUUGUCAUGCAAAGGCCAGUGUCCGAAAACGUUAACGUGUGGACAUAGAUGCGCAGAUGAUUGUCAUCCUGGUGAGUGCCCCAGCUGGACAACUUGCAACAGGAAAAGAACUAUUCGUUGUGCAUGUAAAAGGCUUAAAAAGGUAUCAUGCGUAACCGUAGAUCUAUAA